AUGGCGGCUCAAAAUCCCGUCGUCCUUGAUUCCUCCUCGCCGCCGCCCGCAUUCCGCCACCCGUCUGUAACACCACAAAGGAGCGCUGACGCUUCCUCUUCACCGGGAUUGCCGGAAGUUUCGUCAUUUUUCCAGUCCAAUGGGAAGGUUACGGGAGAUGUGAGGAGGACGGCGACAGCAUUGCCGGGAUUCACUUCUGCCGGGACGCUUUGGAAGGCAGCUGCGCUUGAAGCGGACAGGAAGGAAGGAGAUGGUAGCAGCAAUGCUGUGGAGAGGAAGAGUACUCGAAAAUUGGCUCGGCCGGCAAGGCAAUUGGGUGAGGGUGCAGGGUCUACAGGUCGAGGAAGGAACGGGACACCCAGUGUUCCGCUGUCGGAAUACGACUUCAAAAUUGAUGCCAUUUCUGGGCAGAUGCAGCCACCUCUGGGUGUUAAGCAGGCAGCGAAACGGACAGUCAAGGCGAAGGAUGGCAACGAAGUUGUCAAAAAGAAAAGGCCCACGGGUAAUACCAAGGAAACCGGAAACACUGCGCCCAAAGCACGGAAAAGAACUACGAAGCCUGCGUCAAUUGCGAAUGCCGUGGAAAUUGUAGGGGCUGGGAAGAAGCAAUCAACUGCAGUGGCUUUUACAACUUCUGUGGACACUGCAACGUCUCGACGGCCCAGCGUUUCAAUGUCCGAGUUCAGCUAUGAUGGAGGAGAGCCUGCUGCUGUCGAGGAAGGCAAGCAGACCAGCGCUUACUUCUGUGCUCCUGCCCCAAAAGCUGGUCGAUCAACCAGUAAUCAUCUACAGGACCUCAAUGAGCCGGCAAAGGAAAGGCAUGCGACCAACGUGGCAACAUCAGCUGAGCAUAUCGCUAUGCAAAGUGCUGCACCGGCAAGCAAGAUUCAAGAUUUACCCGAGCAGAGUUUCCGCCAUAAUAACGUGUCUCUAUCCGCGUAUGAGCACAUACCGGAUGCUCAUUCCGUCGAAGUCGAAGUAUCCACAGCAAAGCCAGCACCAGCGAAGAAACCACGAAAGCGGGCGACAAACGCGAAAAGUGCUCCUCAAGAUGCUCCGGCUAAGAAGCCUAAGAAGCGAUUUGCAAAGUCGGCAUCGAUCAUUCUGAAUUCAGACGAGCCCGACCYUGCUGGUGGGGAUGAUGUGCCGGCUCUUGAUGAUCGACGACCUUCUGUUGACAGCAUCCAGACCCCGGUUUAUGCACCAAAGUCUAAGGAGCUUUCGACCACAGCCAAAGCCAGCACUUCGCAACCAUCUUUCAGGAUCGCCGAACCUAAGAUGUCUGUUGAGGAAGGGUUCGCAGUCUGGAGUCAAUCCGUCUACUUCAAUCAAGCGCCAGGCGCCCAAACCGUCGAGAUCGACGACACUGCAGAGUCUCUUCAGACCGUGUUCGCUGCCGAUGGGCAUGCAAAAGAUGCCAACCCUGCUGAUCGUCCAGCCUCGCCUCUCCCGCAAACAUCGUUCUCUCGACGACGCAGCUGGACGCCUGCGAAGAACACUUACGACACACUCGAUCCAGAAGUUGAUUCCUCGGGAGAAUCUCCAGCCGCAAGAAAGUCUUUGGCAGAUUUGGUCGGCGGCUUUGGGUACGACGAACAAACAAACUCUCGUCCGAGAAGUCCGACCGGCGAACGUCUGACGAAGAGACGACGCAUUGACGUUGCUGACGACCCCGCCGCCGUCCCGGCUCCGAGAAAGCCUGUGGCGGCAAAGGAGAAAGUGAAGCGAGUCAAGGCGCCGAAGAAGAAGCCGCAAACCAUCACUGAUUUGGCCACCAAAGCAUACCGGCCCAUGGAGGAGCAGGCGCCAAAUGCUCAAUCUACUGUGUCCGAGUUCUUCACGGCCCAGAAAGAAAACAACCCCACCACUACCGCUGCAGUCUCUACUGAGACUGGCGAAGUACCUGCGACUUUCAAGAAACCUCGAAAGCCGCGAGCUAGGAAGAUUGAUGAUGGAACAUCCACCACGAAGAAGACGCCCAAGGCGAAGAAAGUCAAGGUGAAGUUUAACGAUGCGGCACAUAUCCCGCCUCUCCUGUCACCACAACGGGCUCGAGCGAAAGAAGGCCAACAGGGAUUUUUAUUCGGGACAAGCAGUCAGCUUGCUCUUGAAGAGGAUGUGGACUAUGUUCGGGACCUGCAGGUGGCUAUCUUGGAGUCUGAAGCUGUGGAUGCCAUACCWCCCAGUCCGAGGAGGCUUGUGACAAAGGUGUCUGUAGGUCAUGCGGAAAGACGAUUGUUUUGGAGCGCGAGCCGCGAUUCGUGGGGACAAGUCAUCGCUGCCAAUGGGGUGCGACGGAAGGGUAUGGUAGCCACAGCUCAGCAUACGGUUGCGAAACCACUACCGGCAAUGCAGUCUGACACACCUGUCGAGCCAGCUGCAGAUGAUCAGCUCGGCAUGGCAGCGAAUGCGCUGACGAGGCAGGACAGUCUCGAUAAGUGUGGUGCUGCUCCUUUGCAGCUCGAAACCAGUCAAAUCGUUGAUCUUUGCGGAACGUCACCACCUGCCGCUGCGGAAGAUGMUCAAGAGGCUGUCAUCAAAACUGCUCAGCUACCAUCUGAUCAUUUACCCACUGGAAACGUCGAGGAAGCAAUUAUGCCAGCUUCCAUAGCUCCAGCACCUGAUGACAGCUGGAUGCUUUUGACCAGCGACGAUUUGGACAUGGACCUGCAUCUUGACGACAUUGCAACUGCUCCGCCUGCGAACCUAAUAAUUCAAAAAUGUCCCACUGCAGAACGUGCUGCCUCUCAGCCCUUUCGCACGGCGACUUCACCAGUUCCAAGUCCUGCACAGCAAAGAACGGCGCUUACAGCCCUGGAUAGGAACAUCGCAAUGCUUGCCCAACGUUCACCUGCGAAGCAACAGCGAGCCUUCCUUAGUCAAAAAUCUCGAUCCGGAGCCGAGAGUCCGCAAAAGACAUUGUCAAAGGAGAAAAUCUCGACGUCAGCAGCGCUAUCACCCAGAAAGAGAGGCAGGCCUCCGAAACCUGCCGUCUCUGAGCAUGUCGAUGCCUGUAAGCAGCCAGCGGCUUCAGUCCCACAGCCUCCACUCUCUUCGGACUUUGUAGCAAUCGACGAUAUCUCAGACUCUGACUCUGAUGAUCUGCCAUUGAAAGACAAACUUCUCGCCAAAGCUGCGUCCGAAUCUCCAAAAAGACGAGAGAGACCGCGGAAAGCAUCUCAGCAGUCACCUGUGACCUCGCCAUCCAAAAGCUCUUUCGUCAACUUGGAUGAUAUAUCUGAUUCUGACAUUGCGAAACAAACACCUUCUCCUCGCAGACAAAAAGCUGGCGGCACUGCUCCAAUUCGCACUUUGGAGCUCUCGCCUUCAGUCCUUGCAGAUCCUGGUCCUCCACCUAUUGCCGAAGGCAAGGCGGCGAUGAAACCUUCUGAUCCUUGCUGGGGUGUUGUGAGUCAAGUUCUUUUCAAGCGGAUAUCUGCUGUGGUUCAAUCUACGAAACCUUGUGACAAGAAAGAGGAGCUCAGCUGGUGGGAGAAGAUUCUCAUGUAUGAUCCGAUUGUGCUUGAAGAUUUCACCGCUUGGCUGGCUGGACGAGGGGUUGACGUUGAGGUGAGAAGGAAGGCCGUGAAGGAGAAGGUGAAGAAAGCCAGGWAGAAGAAAGCGGAACUUGAAGAGGUUGAUGUGGUAGAGGAGGAGGAGUGGGUCGUGGUGAAGGAAGAGUUAAAAGGUUGGAUGGUGCAGAAGUGGUGCGAGGAGAAGAGCGUUUGUUGUUUGUGGAAGGAGGGUUUGAGAGGUGGUGUCAAGGUCAGGUAUUGA